UUAAUGUGGACCGUUGAUUGGUGUCAAUAUUUAAUCAUUUCAAUACUUCGCUUUCAUACAUUUUUCAAAUCUCCCGCCUUUCUCAAAUUCCAUAGCGUCUGAUGAUGGUCCAUGAAAAUUACCUACUUGAAAAUACAAAAUUAUUAUAAUUAUUUAUGACUCAAAGUUAAAAGUAUGAUUUAAAUACAAACUCUCAAACAUGUUUUAAGAAUAUGAAGUAAAUUCGACAGAAUCCCAAAAUAUUUCCUCCGCUUGCUCUUGCCUCAUUCACUCCCAGAUUAUUCCAAAAUUAACCACAGCGUACCAUACUUGUGAGCGUUGAGGAGUUUCCGCGCGUUUUAGUGAAUCUGUUAUGAAAGUGAUAUUUUGUGAAAAAAAAGUAAAAAAAUCAUUGAAAUAACUUGUGCUUUAAUAUGGAUAUUCCAACGGAUGUGUGGGGGCAACUGGCUCUGGAAGCUAGUCAAGUUUAUUUGACCGAAGGAGGUCAAAUCAGGAGCCCUUUUGCUAACACGACUAUUGAAAAAUUACCGGAUAAAGUAUUAUUAAACAUAUUUUCUUAUCUGACUCACCGAGAAAUAUGUCGAAUGGCCACAGUCUGCAAACGAUGGCGAAUGGUGGCCUAUGAUACACGGCUGUGGACCCAUGUCAGUUUGCGACCUGAAAUAUCUGGACUGCAUGUAGGAUCACUGGAAUCUCUCCUAGCCCUGAUUUCCAUAAGGUUCGGCCCCUCACUACGUUACAUCGAAUUGCCUAUCGAACUGAUUACCCACACGGUGUUGCACGAGUUGGCGGCAAAAUGUCCCAAUUUGACUCAUAUGCUGUUGGAUUUCAGUACUGCCAUGCAACUUCACGACUUCUCCGAGAUGCAGGCUUUCCCGACCAAGCUGAAGUACCUGUGCAUCUGCCUGUCCGAGGUCAUCUUCAUGGAAGGGUUCAUGAGGAAGAUAUACAACUUUAUCAACGGCUUGGAGAUCUUGCAUCUUAUUGGAACCUAUGAAAAGGUGGAGGAGGAAGAGGAGGAGAUCUACGAGGUGAUAAACGUGCACAAGUUGAAGUCGGCCACGCCGAACCUGCGCGUGAUCAACUUGUACGGAAUCAACUUUGUCGACGACUCCCACAUCGAUGCUUUUAGCUCCAACUGUAUUCAGUUGGAAUGCCUAGCAGUGAACUAUUGCAACAAGGUCACUGGUUCCACCAUGAAGACUCUGUUCCAGCGUUCAAGACGGCUUACCUGCCUGCUCAUGAACGGGUGUAGCCUCCAUUCAGAACACGUGAUGCAAGUGGAAUGGGAGAAGUCCUCAAUCCAAGAGUUAGACGUGACGGCCACGGACCUGUCUACCGAAUGCCUGAUAGAUAUGUUGACUAGAAUUCCCAACUUGAGAUUUCUGAGCGCUGGGCAAAUCAACGGAUUCAAUGACUCUGUGUUAAAAGCCUGGUCUGAAUCUGGGACCGCCAGGAACCUAGUGGCCCUGGACGUGGACUCGUCGGACAACCUGAGCGACGAAGCGCUGCACCGCUUCCUGUCGCGCCACGGCAGCCAGCUGUGGGGGCUGGUGCUCAGCGGCAUGCCGCACAUCACCGAUCAGCUGUGGCAGAGUGUUCUACAGCUACUGACGAACGCCAAAAUCUUGAUCAUGGGAACACAAGAGCGACUUGGAGUUAAUAUCCACGUUGACCAGUUGAUGGACGGAAUCGCCAACAACUGUCCCAUCUUGGAGCGACUGGAACUUCGCUGGGACCCGGAGAAUCUUCGUUUUAGCGACAAAAGCCAGAAAGCCAUAGAUAUCCUUAGAGUCAAGUGUUUGAAGCUCAAGUGCCUCGUGCUGAGUGACGGCCGUUACUACGAGAUCGUGAAAGCGAAUUUCGAGCGCGCAGACCGCACGACAGUCGUCCGCACUUCCACCAAUUGCAGAGUUUCCAACUAUUACCUCCUCUCCAAUUACAAGGACCUUAUAUUUAAUUAGGCUAAAUAAAUUUACACAAUGGUACCCCUAAUUGAGUAUUUUCAUGUGUACUGAAAUUGUCAAAUCCUGCAAGUUUAAACUAUUGAGGUCAAAAUUACUUUUUAUCUUUUACUACUGUUACAAAUAAGAUUGUUUUGUAUCACAAU